AUGGCAGCACUGAGCUCGGAGGAAUUUGACCGCCUGCAGCAGGAGCUCUUGUUCCUGAAGAUAAAGACCGAGGAGCUUCGAGAGGAGAAUGCCAGAGCGCUUCGACACUUCCAAGCACAAUCUGCGCAGACUGGCGUAGAUGCUCUCCGGAAGGCAGGAGCAGGCGCCGUUUCUGCUAUCGGCCAGCGUGCCGCAUCGUUGAAGUCCAGCUUGUCAGAUGGAGCAUCUUUCCAGGCUUUCCAGGCAGCCAAAGACAGCAUUCUUCAUCCUGAGGCUGAUGCUGCAACCACGGAAGCCCGUGAGGAGGUUCAUUCAUUGCAGGAACGUUUGAAGGCUGCAAUGGAGGAGUUGGCCUCUGCAAGGAACGACGCCAUGACGGCACAAAGAGCCGCGACUGCCUGCGCGGAGGACCCUGAAGAUACCGGCUCCAGCCUGAUGCAUGCGAGUGUUCCAAACCCCAACGCAGUGCGAGGCAAGCAGAGGUUAAGGGAUCGUGCACUGACGCUAGCCUGGCUGGGCACAGUGGCACACUCCAAACACUCCACAGGAUGGCAUGACAGCGAGCCCGACAUGUGGAUGGGACAGCUGAACGCCAGCUCUUUCCGUCUUUCUGCAGUUCAGCAGAAGGAGCUAGAGCGGGUUCGCGAAGCAGUGGACCAGCAACAGGCUCAGAUCGGCCGUCUAACAGAGAAGGCAGCCGCGGACAAGAGGCCAAAGGGUUCGCCAAGGUUGUCCGACUUGGAGGAGCAGCUCCGCGCAUCGGAGGGCAAGCUUGACGACUUGGGUCGCCGGCUGCAGUCCUCGCAAGGAAGCUCCCGUUUGACCUACGAGCUUCAAUGCCACUUGGAGUCUGUGCUCAGUCAAGUGAGGAAGUGCGAUGCUGCCAUCGAGUCGCUCCUCGUAAGGCAGGAGAGAAUGGAGAACCGGAGUGUACUGCAACGCGAGCGGUUGGCGUUCGCCCAGGAGGACAUCAUGUCCAAGGUGAUGGAGUAUCACCUCGAAGAGCUUCCGCAAGUGCUUGAUGCUACAAGCCCUAAUUUUUCCCCAAAUCUUCGACAAGAUGUCUCCGAAGAGCAGCUUGACGAAGAUGCCGGCAAUUGUGCCAGCAACCAGUCCCAACAGGACGCAGGUGUGCAAGUGUCCAACGAAGACACCGCAGACCUGCAGUGGGAGGUCUCGGGGCUUGCUGCAAGCCCAACUUGGUCCUCGCGAGCCGAAGGCGACGGGAGCUUAGUGGCUCUGGAAGAGGAGCUGCAGGGGCUGCGGACUGCGGCGGAGGAGGCGCAGCGCCGUAAGGCCGAACAGGCAGAAUCACUGCGUGCUCAAAUACGGCAGCGGCAGCAGCAACUGGCACUGAAAGAAGCUGCGCACACUGAGGCCACGGAAGCAGCCCAAGUAACGGCAAUCGAGGCCGUUGAAUCCUCCGGGUGGCUGUACGUGCAAAAAAUUGAGGAGCUGGAGCAGCAGAAUGAUGGCCUGGAGCAAGACCUCGACCUGCUUGCAUCUAGCAAGCAGUGCCUUCUCGACGACAGCAAAGAGAAAGAGGAGCUAAUCUCUUUCCUGAUGCGCACCGUACGCUCUGAUGGGAGCGAGUUGGAGAACCCUGGAAGCCUGAAGAAGCCAGGAGCUGGUGCCAAGUUCUUGGGACUCCUGCGGGGGCCGGGAAGGAGUCAGCGAACACAGCUUGAGGAGCUGCAAAAAGUGGCCGAAGAAGCGAUGAUGGACAACCUCCGGCUGCGAAAGGAUCUGCGGAUAUUGGCGGAAGAGUUCCGGAAGUACAUGCAAGCAGAUCACUGUCCAACGAACGUUGCGGCCUCCUCCUCCGAUACCUUGGGGAGAGAGCUGGAGCGUCAAAAGACAGACGAUCUGCACACACGGCAGCAUCGGAAUAUUGAACGUUGUGUGACUUCCCACUCCGAUGUAGAUCAGCUUGGCGCACAGGCUCAGCCGCCCUGCAAGAAGAUGGAGACUUCGCUUAGGGUCCUGGCCUUGACGGUGGUCCGACAGUUUCACAUCCCUUACGACGGUGAGGUCCACAAUCACAGCCGGCUCGGAGGCCUCUCCAAGGCCAUGCGCCUUUGUUUGGGCCAGGGUGGCUGGGUGCCCCAAAUGGAAGCCACGCUGGGCAAGGCUUGUGAAGAGAUGGAAGUGCUUCCUUCGGGAAAUCUGCGCAUCCAGUGUGGCGGCUCCCUGCGACCAUACAUCUAUCCACCGGCACUGAUUGCUGAGCAUCUCAAUGCACAAACCGGCCCACCACUCUUUGUGCUGGAUCUUCACCCACACAGCCUGGUGCGGCUAGAUCAUGGUGGCCACUGUGCCGUGUGCAAACGCCCGUUUGAAGGGAUCACAGAGGCCGAGAAAGAAAACAACGCGGCAGCGGACGAGGACAUAGUUGCCGAAGAUGCAGCACCCCAGGAUCAUGCAGCCAUGGCAGCCUUCCUUUCAGGACCAGCAGCCAGAGGCGAUAAAGUUUGCGGCUUUGGCUGUGAAGCUGCUGAAUUCUUCAUGUGUGAGCUGUGCUGUCGGCCAUACCAGUUGGAACCACUGCGGCAGCACCAGGACCGGGAUGCAAGUGGCCAGGCUCUGGCAGUGGCCGAAGCGUCUUUGCGCCUUGGGGCUCAGUGUAAACUGCAACAUGGCCCUGGCAAGUGGCUAAACGCAGUGGUUGUGGAGACCCUGCCGAACUCGAAGGUUCGCGUGCACGUUCCGAUGGAAGAAGUUCCUGACCAAGAGCUGGAAGUGACCUCCCCAAAGCUUAAGCCGACCAGAACGGAGGCCCUCGAGUUGUGCAGGCCCGCAUGCUACCCCGAAGGAUUGCACCGAGUGUGCUUUCCGCAUGGAUUGCGGGGGACGCUGUUUGGCGAGCCCGUACACUGCUCCUCAGAUGACUGCAUGCCUGGAGGAUGCAGGGGAGGCAAGUCGCAGGAGUCGAGCCGUGUGGUGGCGUACUUCUGUCCCCGUACUGCCUUCUUGCUCUGCGAGACAUGCAUACAGGCACCCGAUCUUGGUCAAGUCACAGCCGAAACGUGCCAACAGGACAUUCAAAAGCUCAAGGAUCCGGAGUCCUGCGCGGUUGCUGCGAAGCGCAUACUCGGACUUUGUAACCGGUCGCAGCAGGCUAGAAUACUGUUCUUGGAUGCUGGACUUUGCAGUGCCGUCGCCACGGCUGUUCAUGCGGCUCGUGGCAGCUUCGACCUGGCGCAGUUCUCCCUUCCGGGAUCUCCGGGAGUCCAGGAGUCGUCCUCUGGCGGGCAAGCUCUAUUGCAACUCCUCACACGACUCGCUCAAUGGCUCUAUCUGGCUGCUCCCUUGAAGAGGGGCAAGCUGGGGCGCUUGUUGGUCAAUGUGCCCGUCGAGUCGCGCAGCCAGCUGGACGAGGACAACUCUGAUGCCUACUCCAGUGCUGCGCACUUGUACGAGUUCCUGACUGGGCGCAGCAGAAAGCCGGAGCCAAGCGAAGAGGAGGAGGAAGACGAUGAUUGGCGCGAAGCUGAUUUGGUGGAAGACGAGCAGGAGGAGGUGCAGGUGAAGAUGCUCCACGGAGGCAUUCGCCUUUCUGUGCCCAAGGCCAGCCAGCGAAAAGCACAUCCCUUCAACACCCAGCGAGCACUAGUGGCGGGGCCUGCGCUCGGGAAUAGAGUGUCGGCCAUGAUACUUCCGCCGGCUGCAGCACGUGGGCCGGCACCACCUGGGCUGUGCCUGGAGAGGAAAGACGAGUUUGACGAGCGGCUUUUAGCAGCUGCCGACUUUGAGCCUGGCAGUUUGGUUCUCCGCGAGGAGUUCCUGCUGCGUGGGCCCGCAGAGCUUCCACCGCUGGGCAUGUUUCGGCCAGUCCCGGCCGAAGUUGGGACGGUGGAGAUCCAAGGGGAGCCCGGUUUUCCGCGUGCUGUGAUCUUUGAUAACGAGCACAUGAAGCUCCUCUUCGAGUUCUUAAACUCAGAAAUCGAGGUCCAGCAAGAAGUGCUGGCAAUGCAAGACUCGAUGCACCCAUCUUCUGAAACGAUGCAGUCAACGAACAAAGUUGCAGAAUGGCUGAUCAGCCAGGAUCUUCCCUGGCUGGAGGGUUUGGAUACUUCCUCACUGUCUCGGCUGUUGAGACUUUUCUGCGUCAACAGCCACCCUUGCAAAGCCGCAGGGAGCACCAGUGGCUUGCUAAAGUGGGGGACGAUGAUCAAUCACUCUUGUAUUCCCAAUGUGGUUUAUUCCUCGGUGGAAGCAGACGGCAUCUUUGAGGGCCACUUUCGUGCAUGUCGUCCAAUAAAAGCAGGUGACGUCUUGGGCGUCUCUUACAUGAAGCUCCAGGUGACCUUGGCGCCCUUGGUGCUGCGCAGACGCAUGCUCUGGUAUUUGAAGGGAUUCGUGUGCGAGUGCGACCGCUGCCGAUACGAGGCCACGAACGGAGAUCCAAGAAGCUGUGGUAGGGAGCCUUCCGCCUCAGAAGUGGAGCUCGAAAAGGAGCUGUCGCAUGCCGUGUUGGGUGCGCUCUGUGCACGCUGGUCCGGGUUUGCUCCGGCGAGAGGGGCUUUGGAGGAUCUGCAGACGCAGGUGGCGAAGCUUCACACCGCCUCUUUCGCUGUGCAGGGCCUUCGGCUCCUCUUCCUGGCACUCCAAGCAGAUGAGAUCUUGUCGGGCAAGGGUGAACAUGACGAGCAGGAAUGGUUGCGCAGCUUGGAUGGUCUCGUAAGUGCUCUACGUGAGGUGAGUGGCUGGCAGGAGUCCAUUCGACCUGGGCAGAGUGGAGACUUGCUCCUGAUGCUAUCCUUCAAGAGCCUGGCACCUACUCUUCGGAGGCUCCGAGAGCUCGAGGAUGCAGAAGCGGACUUGGCUUUGAAGCGUUCUGCCUCCGUCGAAAGAGUGACGACGCUCACUCUGCCGGAGGUGCUUCCAGCUUGCGUGCCUUUGCCCAAGCGGGCCAACCUACCAUCCCCAAUGGUCCUCACACAGGAUUGGUUAAUGAAGCAUGCGCUGCCGCGCAACGACCUCUUCCUUGCGAAGAGAGUUCUUAUGGACAGAGCAGACCUGACCGCCUGCGACCGGCAAGGCAACAGUGUGCUUGCCGUGGCCGUAGAGCAUCAGUGCUCACAAGAGAUGGUGGAGCUUCUCUUGGAGCGUGGAUGUCCGAGAUCCUCCAAGGGACCUCUCGGACCUCCCCUUUCGAUCGCAGCCCGAAGUGGCCGACUCGAGGUUGUGCGGGUGCUCUUGGACUUUGGUUGCGACCCUUGCGAGAUCGAGGCUUCUGGCAAGUUGUCGGAAGCCGCCAAGAAUUUGCUGGGAUACCUGGUCCCGCUUCCCGAUCCGGUGCUCCGGAGAGGCAAAGAGGGCUCUCUGCCGCUGCGGUGCCUGCGCCGACAGUUGGCAGUGGAGACCCUCUUGCCUUUGGCAAGCUCCAUGCUGCCGUCCUUACAGGGCGGUCAGCGGAACUUGGAUGCUCAGUUGGUGCAGGUUCUGGUCUUGGCAUGCGAGCAUGCAGCUCCCCUUCCGGCUGAAGCAUUGGAAAGCCUCGUGCAAGUCUGCCGGAGUUUGCUGAUGUCCUUCGAAUCAUCCUCGAUGAACUUGGGGCUUCGCUUGGCCAGCUGCCUUUGCGAGGCCGGCAAAGAUGGAGUCGAGAAGCUGCGAAGACAUGGCAUCUUCAAAAUGCUGCCAGCCCUCGCGGCAGCACCAGAGCUACAUCAGCCGCCCAGGCCGCAGCAUAUACGCCAGGCUGCGGCGAAGAUCCUAAGCCGAUGGUCGGAGGAGGUGGCGAGAUCAGAGCCUACUCCAUGCUUGGCCAGUGCCGAGCGAUGGCAGGAGCUCCAACAUUUGACAGCGAGCGAACUAAUCACUCUGCAGGUGCCGCAGAAGCUUCUCCGGGAUGCGGCGUUCCGCAGUGCCAUGCCAAAGGAGCUGGCACCGAUGCUUUUGCAGGUCGUUGAAGAAGAGGAGAAAUUUUCGGUGCAUGUAUAUCGCGAGCGGCAAGAUGUCAGCCUUCGUGUUCUAACAGAGCCUUUCUGGCUGUUUUGCCGGUCAGCCGCCACCAGUAUUCUACAGGGUUCUACGAAAGAUGUCGCCCAUGGUGGUGAAUACGUUGUGCAAGCAGAACCCUUAGUCACUAUGGGCAGUCUGGCGCGCUUGCUUCUGGUGGCCGGAGGUUUUCUGGCGACGCAGGAGCUUUGUCCGUUCUGCAUCCGGCUUGUCGGCUGCAAAGUCUUCCAGGGCAACAGCAUGUACCACGUGGAGGGGGUUGUAGCUCUGCCUCAAGUCGGAAUCCCUGUACAUCUGCUGCGGCCAUGCUCCGGUGAGUGCCCCAAAGGUGACAACGGCUUUGCUCCUCAUGUUCUGGCCAUGGGGGAUUGGCGCUUUGAGGACCUGGAGGAGUGCAGUGGUGCAUCGAACGAUUCAAUCGAGCGGAAUGAGGACGUGCAAGGUUUGGUGAGCGACUACAAGGAAGUGCCAGCCGAGGUAUGGAAAACAUCGACGCUACAAUUCGAGCCGGACGACGAGGCAGUCUGUUUCGUUCAGCUGGACUGGUGCAAUGCAGUGCAUACGUCACAGGCACUCUACUUGGAGCUCCUCCGAAUCGAGGCCAAGGCUGACGUGCGCGAGACGUUUGCAAAGCUCUGUGAGCAGUGCUGUGUGGCAGUGGUGUCGACUGAGGACAACGAAAUUGUCGAUGCCAUUGCGCAGUCCGUCGACGGCAUGCUGCUGCAUGAGGCAGCCGUUCCGCUGCUUACGCAGUUUGGCUGGCGCCGCAGAGACAUGGAGGAACAAGAUGAUGCCUCCUUCACUCUUUGGGAUCCGCCAGACGCAGCUCCUGUGCUUCCGGCCUUCUUCCACUUGUCCAUACGACCUCCUCCGCCCGAUCCGCCAGGACUGACUGACACUGUGUGGUCAGUCAUCAUAUCCUUUGAUGCAGAGCUGCCCUUCGAACUGGUCUGGCAGUCAGUGGAGCUUGAUGUGAAGAAUGCGUUCACAAGCGUCUCCAAUAAAUGGUCUGAGAUUGGUUGGCCUGGUGGAGAACAAGAGAUGCUGGAAGUUGUGCACAAGGCGGUGGCAUCAAACGGCGAAGCCGCAGUUGCUCGAGGGCUGACCCACAGCUCGGCCUCCCGCAUUGCCGAUCGGCUCAUGGCCGCCGUCGCCUGCCGUGUAGUGGCUGAACCCGAAGCUGCACAAGCUCAAGGCUCAGCCAGCCGCGGAAAGGGCAAUCCAAAGAGUGCACUUCGAGACCUCGUGGAGAUAAAAAUGCAAGAUGCAUGGAUGCCAGCAGUUGUCGUCCAAGAAGCUCCUCAGACUUUGUAUGUUUCCCUUGCGACGGGGGCAUUGGCCACGGGAAAGCAUCGCAACAUGCCUGGAUUCGAGGGGCCGCGACUUUACCCUGUUCCGCCAGUGGAGCCGCAAGUGCAGACUCGCGCGGAUCUCCAGGCCCUUGAGCGUGGAGCAGAGUCCUCGAGGAUCACACGUCGAUUUAAUGUCGACGCCGAAUGCCAAGAGGGCACCCGGACGGAGCCAGCGGCGCACGCUGUAGCUCCUGUCCUGACGCGGGGCGCCUGGCUGCCCAAGCCGACCUUGGCGUAUGAACUCGGUGGGAGCUCGAGCAGCACGAGCCCACCUUCCGUCAGUCUGCUGCGAGGGAAAGAGGUUCGAGUCGACGGGUGUUCGUGGGUCUCGGCUUCAUGGACGACGGUCGGCCUUCCAGAGCUCAACAGCAGUGGAAAGGUGUACUAUGAGCUGCACAUCGAGUCGCAUGACACCCCGCAGAUAGGCUGGGCCUCCGAGAAGUUUCGCUUCUUCGGAGAUACCUGGCUUUACGGGGUUGGUGAUGACCUCGAAAGUUGGGGAGUGGAUGGCGCGAGACAAAAGAUUUGGCACGGCGGUGAGGCCGGAAGCUAUCCUUCUUCCUGGGGGAAAGAGGUGGUCGUGGGCUGCGCCGCCGACGUACCUGCCGGGAUCUUGCAGUUCAGCACAGACGGUGUCUGGGUGUCGCCUGCUACCUUCACGGGUGUGCAGUGCGCCUCCAUCUAUCCUGCAGUGUCUGGGCAGAUGACGGCAACUUUCAAGAUCCGUCCGGAGGAAUGGCUCCAUGGUCCACCGGAUGAGUCGUUUACCGCAUUGUCUGCUUGUGUGCGGAGCCCGCAAUCUCUGUGUGCUCCAGUGCGCUUCCCACCGGAAUGGGCUCUCGCAAAGGGCUUGCAGCAUCUGGCAGAGCGACAGAAGGUGGAUCUUCUGACGACGCUGCGACUGUCCUGCUCAGUGGUUCUGCCAACUGUGGAAGACUUGUACGCUGCACAAACAAAGCGUCGUGAAGACCUGGCAUCACCAGCUGUGGAGGAUGCAUCGGACGAGCUUUUUGACUUCGUUCUCGAUCAGGACGGACAGCCACGUGCCAGCGAGGCAUGGGAGGAGACGCUAGACACGCUGGGCCUCUCAGCAGAGACAGCUGCUGGGGCUGCUUUGCGGCUGCUUUGGCAAGCAGAUGCAGACGUUCAGUCGACACGCUUGUCUGCCAAGCUGCAAGACCUUUGCUCCCACCAGGUUGCUCUGGUCAGCGAUAGCAUGCCUUCGUGGGUACUUCGACUUGGCACCCUGAUGCCGCAGCUGUUCGAUCGCCACGGCCGCGAAGUGCUGCUGAGGUCAUUAGCUUUCGGCUUACCUUUUGCGGUUCAUGAUCGCCAGACGCGCGAGGUAGACCGCAGGUACAGCGAGGUCAUGAAGGCUGCAGAGGGGCGGGUAGCGCAAGCCAAGAACCUCGGAGAUCAACGAGCACUGUCGCAGGCCUAUGAGCACCUCUUUGAGUUAACAAAGCAGAUCUCACAGGACCCCGAGGUAUGGAUCGGAUCUUUGACAUCCGAAUUGGCCAAGGUGGACAGGGAGAGGAUUUGGGAUCAGGCCACGGCUUUGGCAGAGUGCUGCUUGACAUCUUCGGGCGUGGUUGAGGUCCAAUUCAAGGACGAAACAGGAUUCGGUCGAGGCGUCACCCAAGGAUUCUUUAGUGAUGUUGCCAAAGAGCUGCAGAGAACCUCUCACAACAGCAACGUGCCCAUGUGGGCCGAAUGCUUGGAAUCCGAGGGCGAGUUCUUGCGGAGUCGGCGUGGCCUCAUGGUGCAGCCGCUGAGAGCGGAGGAUCCACGACUCCCGGCCGUCUUGGCCCGUUUCCGCUCCCUAGGUCGCCUCCUGGCCUUGGCGCUGCGGGAAUCCUUCGUCGUUCCGCUUCCACUCGCGGCCACGGUCCUGCGGCUGCUCCGCGGGGAAAAGGUUGUUAGCAGCGAGCUGCCAGAGCCUGGAGAUGGACUUGCUGGAGAGUUCCUAGGAGCUUGUGCUCGCUUCCGUGCAGACAUAGCUGAGCUGAGCCACGAGCAGAGGCAGGCUGCAUGUUGUGUCAAAGGCGAUUUUGCCCUGAAAGUCUCGCGGUACCGCCCCCGCGCUUUGCCAAACCGAAUUCCUUCUUUGACCGUGCGGCUGUUUGGCUUUUUGCUCCCUCAGCGCCGAUCGGACGAUGUGGCCUGCCCAUCCCGGGCCGCUCCGUGCAGCAAGGGCCGCUUGCCACAAAGGGCUCUCUGUCGCACAAGCUUGGUGGUCUCGCCUGAAUGGGACGUCCCAGAACAAAGAUCCUCGGACGGCAAGCAGAGUGCACAGGUGUUGCCGCCUGUGCAGCGACUGCCCAGUGCAGAGGAGCAGGUGAGCACUUUGACUGCCCAGAUCAAAGCCGUGCGUGGCGAGAGUGCAGCGCUGGCGGAAGUUAUCCGAGUCAAGGACCUUCCCUUGACGAUCACGCAGAAACUGUCCCAGAACGAGCGGGAGGUGAAGAGCCAAGUCUUCAGAGCUGAGACAGAGACGGCACGGGAUGUGGCUUUAUCCAAACUUGAGCUGCUGGACUAUCACAGCCAGCGCGGCUGGGUCGUCAGCAAGACGGAGUUCGACAAGCUCGAAAGUCUCUGGAGCGAAUAUUCCGAAACGAAGUCUGGCAGAGCCGCUGCGAUCGCCCAUUCGGCAAGAAGCAGCAGUCUGUGGACUGCUGAACAACUCUCUGAAUAUCUUCCGGAAUUCUGGGUUUUACCAUGGUGCUCAAAGAUCCGCACCCAAAGAAGGAGCCUAGAGUCCCUGGAGACAUUCUUGAAAGAGUCGCUGACAGAGCUGCCAUCAGCCGUUGCUAGGGCAGACCUACCUGGAAUCUGCCGGGAAGAAUCGUGGCAAGAGCAGUACUUGGGCGAACUGGAGAAUGUUCUUCGUGUCCUCGGCUGCCCUGAGGGCAAGGUCAACGGAGAGCGCGCGCCAUUCCGCCGUCUCGGAGGUCUUUCAAUCCUGCGUGCCAAAGAAGCGGCAUCACGCUGUGUGAUCGACAAGUUGAUUUUUCCCUUGUGUGCCGAGCUGGGUGUUGAACUCACUCUGGAGGAGUACUUUCGGACUUCGCCAGUGCCUGUGAGUAUAUGCGACUAUGUCCUGCGAAGAGACGGCCAAUUGCUGGGCACUCUGGAGGCAAAACGCUGCUCAGACGAGCUGCUGGCACAGGGAGCAGCACAGUGCAUCUUGCAGCUGCUGGCUCUGUGGGACCGGCGCAGGCCGGCGUCUCAGGUGACCACCCCCUUGCUCGGCAUUGUGACGGACGGUCGAUAUUGGCUGUGCAUUCAACUGCAUCAACGUUACCUGGCCGUCACUCCAUUACUGGAUGCCUCCCAGGAAGAGCAGUUUUGGACACUGCGCGAUCCUGAGCCUGAGCCGCGCAGGGGCAGGGUAUGCACUCUUGGCUCCUUCGAGACCUUUGUUGCUGCAGACGAGAGGAACGAGCAUAUCAUGUUCGGCUACGCCGGAACUCUGCGGCCCAUUCGCCCGUCUGAGUCGCAGAGCUCGGCGAAGGAUCCUGGCUGGGCUGCUCAGUACCUCGAGGCAAACGACGCUCUCGGCUCCUUCGAGGAGUGGGCAAGCAACGCCGAGUUUCUGGCGACGGGCUUCAGCGGGCCGUCGCUGCCCACGCGAAGUGAGUCAAAGGAAGAGAAAGCAAGACAUGUGAGCCUGGAGAGCUUGGAUGACUUUGUGGACGCUGCGUGCUCCUUCUGGCUGGAUGUGGGUGUUCGAGAGCAGGUGCGUUCACUGCGCCGUGGCCUCCAUGAUGUUUUAGGCCCCAGAACGGGCGCCCUUUGGCUCUUCUCGCCUCUGGAGCUGAGAGAGCUUUUCUGCGGCGUAGACUCCGUUUCCUGGACCAGCCAGGAUCUGUACGACCACCUGCAUCCGGCCGGCGGUUUGACGCGUGACGAUGACGUCAUGGCUUGGCUUCGUGACGAGCUCUUGGAAAUGUCGCAGGCAUUGCGCGCCCGGUUCCUCGAUUUCGCGACUUCGUGCCCGCGUUUGCCACCAGGAGGCCUCGCUAGCCUGAAGUUGACGGCCUCCCCAGGAGCAGGACGUUUCCCCCGAAGCCGCGCCUGUGCCAACCAGCUCUACCUGCCGAAGUACGAAAGCAGACAGGAACUGCAUGAGAAGCUGACGGAAGCUCUGCUGGCCUGUGAGGGCCACCAUGACGCUGAUCACUAA